AUGGCAUACGUGCUGUCGCUCCGCUCUCACAGUCCGCUCAAACGCUCCUUUAGCGACAAUCCCUACCUCAACUCCUACUCGCCCUUGAAGGAACCUUCGCUACUAGGACCGUUAAGUGACAUCACCACUCGCAAUGUCUCUGCAUGUUCGCUGUACUCCCUCGGAGCCAACAGAGCUGGUGACUGGCCACGCGGCAACGAGAACACACCACCUCUCACUUCCCAAUCACUGCUCGACCUGGAUCCCGAGAACAGCAGAUUUUCCUUUGGCUUGAAUCACACCAGCAGUGAGCCGCGCAAGCGUGCGUGUGGACCUGACCGACCACCGCCAUCCUUCUCACGAGUGGCUGCCCCAUCGAGCCCAUACUCGAAAGUGGGCAAAGCUGUGCAGCAUGUCGCUGAGCUGUCUUCGAGUACCGAAUGCUCUCCAGAAGCCGGUGCUGUCAAUGAUAGUCAGCUUGAGGAGCCUGAGAUGUUCAGCUUCUACGAGCCCAGUGAGUUUACAUCACCAGAGGCUGCAUCCUUGGACAACAGUGGUGUGAACCAGAGACAAGAGGAGCGGGUGACAGCAAAUGUCCCUGUCACAGCUACUUCGCAGCCUUUCCGACGAUGGAUGAGUACAUUGAGGAGGCGACACGCGCAAAGACGCAAGGAGCAUAGGACCGAGGUCGGGCGUCUGUCUUUCGAUGCAGUGGAUCAGGACUUUGACAUGGCUUCGUCGCGACUACUACCGGAGUCGGAGGGCAGGACAUCGGAGUCCAUGUCCUCGUCCAUGGGCUGCGUGACUGCUAUGAAGUCAGCCUCAAUCACAAUUGCAGGUACUAGUAUAGCUCCACGAUCUGAAAUCGGUAUUCAGGGGAAACGUAUGGGAAAUAGAAGCAGUCACUAUUCGGAGCCUCGCAAGUCUGGCGAGAGUCAUCGUGGUGCGCUGGGGCCAGUCAUUGACGAGAGUGCGUGGCUUCGUUCAUUGCAACGCCGCAAAGUCAUUGAAGAGCUAGUUGCUUCAGAAGAGAGCUACGUUGCGGACCUCAAGGUCCUGAUCAAUGAUUACUUCAUGAUUCUUACAGCCCUUCCUAAUCUCUCGGGCCAAACGAGAUCAUCAAUACAACAAAACAUUUCUCAGAUCCUUCAACUGCACGAAGACUUGCUUGCUGAUCUUCACCGAGUCGUGCCACAAGCAGAUUUCACCAGAAGCGCGCAUCAAGAGAAUUACCCAGUGACCAAGGCGAAACACAUCCGCUUCCACAGCGCAGACAUCAUGCCAGGUCGUUUCGCCGAACACAAGGCAACUCGGAGGCUUCGGCACUCUCUUGAGAUUGGCAGAUCUCCAGACCGCAGGCCACGAGGCUUGGUGACUGAUACCAAGACAGUGGACGAUGUUGCGAAGAUUUUCAAUAAACACGUGGGUUACUUUUUGAACGAGGUCGUCAUCACCGCUAAACAAACCAAGAUGAAGCGGUUCUUCACGUACGAAGAGUAUGGCGCGCAUUGGACGACCAUGUCUCAAGACCUUACCAUGAUGUGCAGGGGACUUCAUGGCUGGCAAGACUAUGAACGAGGCGUCGAGGCUUUACAGAAUGUCGUAGCGUCCGAGAACAAUCGCGACGCAGGAAGGAAAAAGGCACUUAGCUUUUCCGAUUUGCUUAUCAAGCCAAUACAACGCGUCUGCAAAUAUCCUCUGCUCUUUGAAGAUCUCUGUCGCCAAACGCCAGUGUAUGACGAUCCGGAGGCACAUGCUGAGCUUGAGAAGGCUUUGUUUCGUCUGCAAGAGACGAUUCGUGAAGUCAACAAAGCCAAAGACGAUCCGAGGACAAGGCGACUGAUCGAGAUCACCUGGCAACUACAGGAUCGGCUCGCUUUCCAAGAACAGCAAAUCUCGCGUGCACUGGUGUUUCGGCUGCUUGGCCAUGUCCUUCUUUGUGGCGUCUUGCAUGUUACUUAUCAGACGCCUGAACGCAUCAAGGGACAGUACAUGAUUUGUGUUUUGUACAAGUCUUGUCUUGUCCUCGCAACGACGAAUCGAUUUCACUCUCCGUACACUGUUGUAGCAUCCAUCGGCCUCGCCAAUGGCAGCAUCGAAGAGUCAGACAAUGGGAGGGGUAUACAAUGUCACACUGCACCUCACACUUGGAAAUUUGUGUUUGAGCAUGGUCACCGCCUACACGAGAUCAUGCUGAGUGGGUGUUCUGUACUGGAAGAAGAGGUUUGGAAGAAACAGCUCCGCGAGCGUAUCGUCUACGAGACUCACGACUUUGUCGAAGGCCAAUCAACUAUGCAAGACAUGUUCACAUCGUUAUCACUGGACAUCAAGUCGCUUGGACCAGUUUUUGGGCAUGCGAAUAGCAUAGUCCGUCGAAUGUCUGUCCACCGGGCAGCGACUUUGGGAGCAAAGUCACAUACCAGUCAAGUGAUUAUCAAGAACACUCAGGCGCAGAAGUUACCGGAUGUACCCCCAACAUUUUCCCCGGGCAUGAUCACACGGUCACAAUCGCACAUGUCCUCGAAUUUUGUUCCAACCCUGGCUCCGCGUAGAGCUGAGCGUAUUCGUCUCGAAAAUGCACUGGAAGAUGUGUGGACCAAGGAGGCCUUGCCAUUCCCGGGUAUGUCGAAUCGAAGAGUUGAGAAUCAGAUCCGAGCUUCAGCCAAUUCAGUCAUGAGGAAGCUCAGCAUGGCGAGUAUUGCGAGCAACUUCUCACGACGCUCCCCGAGCUUUUCCAGUGUCAGCAACGCUCGGUCCGAGGACUCUUAUAGAAGCAGAGUCCAGAAGAAGUCGCAGGCGAAUCUUCGACCACACUCUGCGGCAGAGAGACAACCAGCCCCAGCAGUUGUUGACUUCCACACCGCACCGGCUGCUUUCUUGCCCACAGACUUUGAGCUCCAGGAUGUAAGGCCUGCAAGUCGGCGUCGCCGUCUAGCAAAUCGCGCUGUAGGUGUAGAGCGGUCGAGCGAGAAAGCUUCUGCAAGCAAGCCGAAGAAGGUACGUCGAUUAUCGGGACACAUCAUCAGCCUGCCAAGAUCUGAAUCGAGUGCUUGCGUUCCGGAAAGGACGAUAUCCCAAGGAUCAGACUCAACCGUUCUAUAUCAGCCAGAGUCUCUGGUCGACUUUGCAUGGCCCAAAGAUGUUGAGAAGGAGAGGAGGAAGGAGGACCAACGUAGCGAGUCCAAGUCUGCGCCCACGACAUACCGUUACGAUCGAGUACAGGCGUUCAAGUUUGAGAGAAAUGGCUUUGGUCACGUUUUAUUUUGGAUCAUGGAGGAUUUUCACGAAGUCACGAAUCACGCUUUAUUGAUGCGACCAACAGCAAGUACUGCGAGCACACAUAGCGAUCUGUUACAUCGACACACUUUGAAUACACGGACUGAAAUGAUUCGCAAAACAUGA